AUGGGACCGGGGCGUUACACAGACACCAAAGGCACCGUCAAUUUUUAUGUGAAAGAAAAAUUAAUGACCCUUCAUGAUCAUCGUGUUCUGUUUCAUGCUGAUGGAAAUCCUAUUGUCAUUCUUCGAGAGAAGAUAAUGUCUGCACAUGACAGAUGGAAUGUGUAUAGGGGCAAAAGCAAAGAGCCCAAUGAUCUGAUUUUUACUGUUAAGCGAUCUUCAAUGAUUCAAAUGAGGGCAAAGUUACAUGUGUUCUUGGCAAAUAACACAAACGAAGAGGACCGAGCUCAACGGUCAAAAGAAAUCAAGUCUGCCCCCGAGGACUACAUCCCCUCACCCUUUGCACGGUCUUCUUCCCCAAAUCACCCGAGUCGUCCUCGCACAGCUGGGAGAGAAUCCCCCCACAGUGAACCAGAGACUCACCCGUACUCGACCUCUAUCUCCCUCUCUGCUUUACCAUUUCUCCUCGUUUUCUCCCUUUCUCUCUGUGUCUGCAAUGUAGUACGCGAACCUGAUGAGUUGGGAAUCAAAUCUCUCCGAAGUGAUUCGCUGCUCCCUCACCGAACGCGUGCUCCAUGCUCCAUCCCAUCUCUACUGAACGAUUUCGAUAUCCAACAACAACACUCAAGAUUGAUUCCCACCACAUUAUUCAUCACGGGGCCUCAGACGCGAUCCUUUAAGCGAUACUAUCUCAGAUCUUCAACGCGUGCUUCGAGGGAGGUGCGUAGCCAAUGGAAAAAAUUCAGGACUAAUGGUUGUCGAGACUACGAUCUACUGUGCACCAUUUUUGGGCAGUCGGUGGCGACGGGUGUUUGCCAUUUUGUGUCGACGCAGCAACCCCCUACAAGUGAGGAGGAGGACCGACUUGAGGAGGAGGUGAGGGCAAGGGGCCCCGUACUGGGAACUGCCACGGACGCGCCGAUAGAUCUCGAUGGGCCAAACAUCGAUGGGCCAGCUAGGAGACAGAGACAAGCUCGUCGUCGAAGAAGGGAGCCGGUUCGGAGUAGCAUAUCCUCACAAUUUAGCAAAACUUUGGAAGUUAUGGCCGCCACCACCGCAAUGAGAAAUGAGUUGGAUAAGCAGUUUUUAAAGGAAUGUAGUAGAAAGCGAAGCAAAGGCGAUGAGACUGAGUUUGGUUCGGAUGCGUCAUAUAGCAAGCUAGGUGUUGCUAUGAAGUUUUUGGAUGAGAUUACCCCGCCGCUCCCUGCACAUCAAUAUAAUAAAGCAGUAGAAAAGUUUAUGCAUGACAAGGCAGUUGAAGCAUUCUUAAUGAUGCCCCCGAACCGCAAAAUUGAUUGGAUUUGGGGAUUGCAGUGACGUAGCUUGUCUCUUGUCGGGAUUAAAUAUAUUUUUAUGUUUGCGGAUAUUAUUUGUCAUUGACAUUGUUAUUUAUGAGCUGUUGAGGUAAAAACAUUUUUAUUGUGGUUGUUGUUUAUUGAUUUAUGGACAACGGUUUAGAUGAACGUGUUAUAAUGACCUUGGAUUAUGAAUGCUUAUAAUUUAUUAACUUCA